AUGAUUAAGCUCGCUGUUUUCUUUGUUCACAGUCCGCCAGGAGAACGAGCGCAUGAUGCUCGACGCCCUUCAGGUGGGAAUCGUAAAUCGCACCCAGUUGUCGGAGGCAUUUCGCUGACGCCGCGCUAUUCGCCGCGCCCCCGGCUCGAUAACAUCAGACCGGCCGCCGCGCCUCCUGAAGAACCACCUGAUUUGUGGCUAUCAGCUGAGACAAAAGCUCCGAAUUCAGAGACCAAUACCGGCGUUAAUAAUGUACCCGGAGCCCACGAUGCCAAUUAUGCGAUUGAGCUGCCGGUGAGCGAAACCCCAGCAGGCCAACCGGUAUCGGUGUCAUGA